GGCAACUGAAAUGAUCAAAAUGAACAUUUCCACGGCUUGGGAAAUGAAAGGUUAAUUUGUUUUCUGAAGUUUGUAAAUCGUUUUAAUCUGUGUGUUGAAUGGAUUCACGUUUAUAUAUCUACUCAUGGUAACACCCUAAAUGAGUAAUAUGGCAUUGUUUUGAACGAAGUGGUUUGCAGUAACCUUGUACGUCAGCUAAAGAUGAUGGAAGACUUCUCUGGACUGGCAUUGCCCCCUCUCUUUGGAGGACACAUUCUUGAAGCGGAGUUGGAACCUGACGGAGUUGAGCUUGGACCAGGGGAGGUAGAGCUGGGACCUGGAGAGGGAGAGCUCCUGGAUAGUGGAGAGCCAGGGCCAGACGAAGAGGAGAGAAGAGAGCUUGACAAGAGGAAAUACCUGGCACUUAGCAAGAGAUGCAAAGAGAUAGAACAGGUGAAUGAGAAAAUUCUUGGACGCCUCCACCAAGUACAAAGGAUAACCCGGCGACUAAAGAAUGAGAGGAGGUUUUUGAUGAAAACGCUGGACACGUACGGAGACGACUAUAGGAAUGCACAGCUAACUAUUCUCCUUGAGGAUGAUGUUGGAGCCACAUUGGAAUGUCUGCCUGGAGUGGAAGAUGCCAGACCAAAUGGCCAUGCCAGUUCUCCCUCUAUGCCACAGCAAUCCACAGCAGGGACAAAAAAGAAGAGGCAUCGCAUUCCCAAGGAGAAAGAAAAAGAGGCACAGACGGACACAGACCUCUCCAUGCUGACAGAUACACAAUUCACAGGAUUCCCCAGCCCAAACUCACUCUCGCACUAACCCCUUCAGGAGAAGAUUAUGCUAGACCUGAUGUGCCACCUUCAAUUUGUCCUGCAAAGUUGUAUGGACCCUUGAUACAAAGAGUAUGCAUUGCUGGACAUCUUAUGUGCAUUUAUUUGUAUUUUAGUGUGAUAAGAUGUUAUUUUUUCAAAUGUUUAGGAUAUUUAAAAUAGUUUUGCAAGCACAGGCCAGGACAUCAGAAGUUAGAUCCCAGGGUGAAAAUAACUUUUGAACUGUGACUGAUGUCCAGGCUUGUUAGUGGUCCAAUGAUUUUUGAAACAGAAAUGAAUCUUUUGUGUUUGGGUUUGUGUAGAAUCUGAUUUGACAUUGUGUGUUAUCCACCUGACAGUGAUCAGUGGCAGUUGCGUUGGCUGUAAAGCACUAAUAGUUAUUUUUACUGGUUUUAUACUAUGUUAGCAUGUAGCCACAUAACAUGACCCAACAAGAAGUGUAAACAGCAGUGUAACUUCUAUAAGCAGUUACAUGCAUUUUUUUUUUAUAUCAUUGUCCUAUAAGAGAAUUAAAUAGAUCUACUUUAAAUGUC